UCUCUCGUAUUCCUUAAGUCUCGCUAUAUUAAGACCUCUUAACUGUAAAAACAGUGUAAACAUCCUUCUAUACAUAGACGAAAACAGCAUUAUUAUUAUUAUAGCAUAUGAUCAAAACCAUAUUGAUCCUCAUAACCCAGAAGGAGGCCACGAAAUUCUUUGUUUCUCCACAUCAAGCCUCAAGCUUCUGAUUACCCUCAGUCUGAAAAUUCAAGCCUCAAAGUCUCAAUAAUGGAAACCCAAAGCCAAAAGCCACAUAAACAACCAGUACCAGAAGAUACUAAUCAACAACUCCCACAACAAGCUCCAAACCCUGCAGAUAUUGUCUUGGAUCUAAGCCUCAUAUCCAACAAAAUAUCCGAUCAGAGGUUGAAUACCGAACUCAAUCUCAUCGACUGCGUCGAUUUGAAUAUGUGUUCCGAGACUAGUACUGAUGAUCCUAAAGGUACUAGUCAUGAGCCUAGAGUUUUCUCCUGCAAUUAUUGUCAAAGAAAGUUUUACAGUUCCCAAGCACUUGGAGGGCACCAAAAUGCUCACAAGAGAGAGAGAACACUGGCAAAAAAAGCAGUGACACACAAGAUUGGUGCAGCCUCAGAUAACUUUAGGCUUCUCUCACACAGAUUCUCUAGCAUGGCUUCUCUCCCUUUGCAUGGCUCUUUCAAUAAUAGGUCACUUGGUAUUCAAGUGCAUUCUACAAUUCACAAGCCUUCCUGGUACCAAUCAAGUCUUUAUGGACAUAAUGGCAAUUUUCUGAGACACCCCAUUGAUCAACAACCUGCAAUUGGGCGGCUUGCUGCCGCUGGAUCCAUGUCAUCGUCUUCUUCGAGUGGUGGUGGCAUGGGAAGGUUCGAGACUAGUACUGCUCGGAAGUUUUUUCCGGUGGCUGAAAGAAUUGGAGGUUUCUGGUGGAAUAGUAGUGUUAGCCAUUUGAAGACUACGCAAGAUCAUGAGUUGCAGAAGCUUGACUUGUCCCUCAAACUCUAAUUAAGCACUUUCCCAAUCUAUUACUUUUCUAUGAAUUUUCAUUUUUUAAUUUGAAUCCGAGCACCCCUUCUUUUGUUCUCAUUUAAUUUUCAGGUAUGAUGAGUUGCAACUUUUGUACAAUAUUCUUCUUUCUGGCUAUAGUUGUCAACAUUUUUCAGAGAAGUUGUUUUGAAAUUCUAAUUGUGGGUUAGGUUGGAACUUUAUUUGAAGUUGCGUGGUGAUAGAUCAAUAAUCAAUCUUCGGAUUCCCUCAAUGCUGAUGUGCUAUAUUGAGAAGUUAAUAAAGCCAGAAAAGUCUUCUUCAAAACCUGUUGGGAGGGGCUAGGAUAUCAUGACUUUUGUGUUUCAUCGAUUUCUAAUUGUUCAAAACACGAGUUUUGGUUGAAGUUUCAGUUAUUCAAGAUGGCCAUCUCAUAAUAUGAUUUUGCGGGUGAAUUCGAUUUGAUCG